CUCCAGAAUCUGGGUAUCAACCCAGCUAAUAUUGGUUUCAGUACUCUGACUAUGGAGUCAGACAAAUUCAUCUGUAUAAGAGAGAAGGUAGGAGAACAAGCACAGGUGGUGAUCAUUGACAUGAAUGACCCCAGCAAUCCCAUUCGCAGACCAAUUUCAGCUGACAGUGCUAUCAUGAACCCUGCCAGCAAAGUCAUUGCACUGAAAGCUGGGAAAACCCUUCAGAUCUUUAAUAUUGAGAUGAAGAGUAAAAUGAAGGCUCAUACCAUGACGGAUGAUGUGACCUUCUGGAAGUGGAUCUCUCUGAAUACUGUUGCUCUUGUGACUGACAAUGCAGUCUACCACUGGAGUAUGGAGGGAGAGUCUCAGCCGGUGAAAAUGUUUGAUCGCCAUUCUAGCCUCGCAGGCUGCCAGAUCAUCAACUAUCGCACAGAUGCUAAGCAGAAAUGGCUUCUGCUGACUGGCAUAUCUGCUCAGCAAAACCGUGUUGUGGGAGCCAUGCAGCUUUAUUCUGUAGAUAGAAAAGUGUCCCAGCCCAUUGAAGGGCAUGCCGCUAGCUUUGCACAAUUCAAAAUGGAAGGCAAUGCUGAGGAAUCGACUCUCUUCUGUUUUGCAGUAAGAGGACAAGCUGGGGGCAAGUUGCAUAUCAUUGAAGUUGGCACCCCACCAACAGGGAACCAGCCAUUUCCAAAGAAAGCUGUGGAUGUGUUCUUUCCUCCUGAAGCGCAGAAUGACUUUCCUGUAGCAAUGCAGAUCAGUGAUAAGCAUGAUGUGGUAUUCCUGAUAACAAAAUAUGGCUACAUCCAUUUGUAUGACCUUGAAACGGGCACCUGCAUCUACAUGAACAGAAUUAGUGGAGAAACCAUAUUUGUCACUGCACCGCAUGAAGCAACGGCAGGAAUCAUAGGGGUUAACAGAAAAGGACAGGUGCUUUCAGUAUGUGUGGAAGAAGAGAACAUCAUUCCUUACAUCACUAAUGUGCUGCAGAAUCCUGACCUGGCUCUGCGGAUGGCUGUCCGCAAUAAUUUGGCAGGAGCUGAGGAACUGUUUGCUCGUAAAUUCAAUGCGCUCUUUGCACAAGGAAAUUACUCCGAGGCAGCCAAGGUGGCAGCCAAUGCACCAAAGGGAAUCCUGCGUACUCCAGACACCAUACGCCGGUUCCAAAGUGUUCCUGCUCAGCCUGGUCAGACUUCUCCCUUGCUCCAGUAUUUUGGAAUCCUGCUGGACCAAGGUCAGCUGAACAAGUAUGAGUCUCUGGAACUCUGCAGGCCAGUACUUCAGCAGGGACGCAAACAGCUGCUGGAGAAAUGGUUAAAAGAAGACAAGUUGGAGUGCUCAGAGGAAUUGGGAGACCUAGUAAAGUCUGUUGAUCCUACACUGGCACUUAGUGUCUAUCUGAGAGCUAAUGUUCCUAACAAAGUCAUUCAGUGUUUUGCUGAAACUGGACAAGUCCAGAAGAUAGUUUUGUAUGCUAAGAAGGUUGGAUAUACUCCAGACUGGAUUUUCUUAUUGAGAAAUGUCAUGCGCAUCAGCCCUGAUCAAGGGCAGCAAUUUGCUCAAAUGUUGGUUCAGGAUGAAGAACCUCUUGCAGAUAUUACACAGAUUGUGGAUGUCUUUAUGGAGUAUAACUUAAUUCAGCAAUGUACCGCCUUUCUUUUGGAUGCACUGAAGAAUAAUCGUCCCUCUGAGGGUGCCCUCCAAACGCGCUUACUUGAAAUGAACCUCAUGCAUGCGCCUCAGGUUGCAGAUGCCAUCUUGGGAAACCAGAUGUUUACUCACUAUGACAGGGCCCACAUUGCUCAGCUCUGUGAGAAAGCUGGCUUGCUGCAGAGAGCACUAGAACACUUCACUGACUUGUAUGAUAUCAAGCGUGCAGUAGUUCAUACUCACCUUCUCAAUCCUGAGUGGCUGGUGAAUUAUUUUGGCUCCCUCUCCGUAGAGGACUCGCUAGAAUGCCUGCGUGCUAUGCUGUCUGCUAACAUUCGUCAAAACCUGCAGAUUUGUGUCCAAGUAGCCUCAAAAUACCAUGAACAGCUCUCAACACAGUCGCUCAUUGAACUGUUUGAGUCUUUCAAGAGCUUUGAAGGUUUAUUUUAUUUCUUGGGUUCCAUUGUAAACUUCAGCCAAGACCCAGAUGUGCACUUCAAAUAUAUUCAAGCUGCAUGCAAGACGGGCCAAAUCAAAGAAGUUGAGAGAAUCUGCAGAGAAAGUAACUGCUAUGAUCCAGAGAGGGUUAAAAACUUUUUGAAGGAAGCAAAACUGACUGACCAGUUACCACUUAUCAUUGUGUGUGAUCGCUUUGAUUUUGUCCACGAUCUGGUACUGUACCUGUACAGAAACAGUCUUCAAAAAUAUAUAGAGAUCUAUGUACAGAAGGUAAAUCCAAGCCGUCUUCCUGUUGUCAUUGGGGGACUGCUUGAUGUGGAUUGCUCUGAAGAUGUUAUAAAGAAUCUGAUUCUUGUUGUGAGAGGCCAGUUCUCAACUGAUGAGCUUGUUGCAGAAGUAGAAAAAAGAAACAGGCUGAAACUGCUUCUACCGUGGUUGGAAGCAAGGAUUCAUGAGGGUUGUGAGGAGCCUGCUACUCACAAUGCACUAGCCAAAAUAUACAUAGACAGCAACAACAACCCAGAAAGAUUUCUCCGUGAGAAUCCUUAUUAUGAUAGUCGUGUUGUGGGGAAGUACUGUGAGAAGAGAGACCCUCACCUGGCCUGUGUGGCUUACGAGCGUGGGCAGUGUGACUUGGAGCUAAUUAAUGUAUGCAAUGAAAACUCCCUCUUCAAGAGCCUUUCACGUUACUUAGUUCGCCGCAAGGACCCUGAGUUGUGGGCCAGUGUGCUGUUGGAAAGCAACCCUUACAGAAGGCCACUUAUUGACCAGGUUGUGCAGACUGCACUGUCAGAGACUCAGGACCCUGAAGAAGUGUCUGUUACCGUAAAGGCUUUCAUGACUGCAGAUCUUCCCAAUGAGCUCAUUGAACUGCUGGAGAAAAUAGUUCUGGAUAACUCUGUAUUCAGUGAACACAGGAACCUGCAGAACCUCCUCAUUCUCACAGCCAUUAAGGCUGACCGUACUCGUGUCAUGGAAUAUAUCAACCGUCUGGAUAAUUACGAUGCUCCAGAUAUUGCCAACAUUGCUAUCAGCAAUGAGCUUUUUGAGGAGGCAUUUGCCAUCUUCAGAAAAUUUGAUGUCAACACCUCAGCUGUGCAGGUAUUGAUUGAACACAUUGGAAACCUGGACCGUGCAUAUGAGUUUGCUGAACGCUGCAAUGAGCCUGCUGUGUGGAGUCAGCUUGCUAAAGCGCAGCUUCAGAAAGGGAUGGUAAAGGAAGCAAUUGACUCGUACAUUAAAGCAGAUGAUCCUUCCUCCUACAUGGAAGUUGUUCAAGCUGCUAAUGCCAGUGGAAACUGGGAAGAGCUGGUGAAGUACCUCCAGAUGGCACGCAAGAAGGCCCGAGAGUCGUAUGUGGAAACCGAACUCAUUUUUGCUCUGGCUAAGACGAAUCGUUUAGCUGAGUUGGAAGAGUUUAUCAAUGGACCUAACAAUGCUCACAUUCAGCAGGUUGGCGACCGCUGUUAUGAUGAGAGAAUGUAUGACGCUGCUAAGCUAUUGUAUAAUAAUGUAUCAAACUUUGGCCGGCUGGCAUCCACGCUAGUACACUUGGGUGAAUACCAAGCGGCUGUAGAUGGUGCUCGGAAAGCAAACAGUACUCGGACAUGGAAGGAGGUCUGCUUUGCCUGUGUUGAUGGGAAAGAGUUCCGCCUAGCCCAGAUGUGUGGACUUCAUAUCGUAGUGCAUGCAGAUGAGCUGGAAGAACUUAUCAACUAUUACCAGGAUCGUGGCUAUUUUGAAGAGCUGAUAACUAUGUUGGAAGCUGCACUAGGACUUGAGCGUGCACACAUGGGAAUGUUUACAGAGCUAGCAAUCCUGUAUUCUAAAUUCAAGCCACAGAAGAUGAGGGAGCACUUGGAGCUCUUCUGGUCAAGAGUCAAUAUUCCCAAGGUGCUAAGAGCUGCAGAACAAGCUCACCUGUGGGGUGAACUGGUGUUCCUGUAUGAUAAAUAUGAAGAAUAUGACAAUGCUAUCAUCACAAUGAUGAACCACCCAACAGAUGCUUGGAAAGAAGGACAAUUUAAAGACAUAAUCACCAAGGUGGCUAAUGUGGAGCUGUAUUAUAAAGCAGUCCAGUUUUAUUUGGAGUUUAAACCCUUGCUGCUCAAUGACCUUCUGAUGGUGCUGUCUCCCCGGCUGGAUCAUACUCGUGCUGUCACCUUCUUCAGUAAGGUUAAACAGCUGCCGCUGGUGAAACCUUACUUGCGCUCUGUUCAAAACCACAACAACAAAUCUGUGAACGAGUCUCUGAAUAACCUCUUCAUUAUAGAAGAAGACUAUCAGGCUCUUAGGACAUCCAUAGAUGCCUAUGACAACUUUGACAACAUUUCCCUUGCUCAGCGUUUGGAGAAGCAUGAAUUGAUAGAGUUCAGGAGAAUUGCUGCCUAUCUCUUUAAAGGCAACAACCGCUGGAAACAGAGUGUAGAACUCUGCAAGAAAGACAGACUUUACAAGGAUGCAAUGCAAUAUGCUUCAGAAUCCAAAGAUACAGAGUUGGCCGAAGAAUUGCUGCAGUGGUUCUUGCAGGAAGACAAGAGAGAAUGCUUUGGAGCUUGCCUCUUCACCUGCUAUGAUCUUCUGAGGCCAGAUGUUGUCUUAGAAACUGCAUGGAGGCACAACAUCAUGGACUUCGCCAUGCCCUAUUUUAUUCAGGUCAUGAAGGAGUACUUGACAAAGGUUGACAAGCUGGAUGCCUCUGAGUCUCUGAGAAAGGAAGAGGAGCAAGCUACAGAAACGCAACCAAUUGUUUACGGUAACGACUUGACUUUGUGCACACGCAUAUGCACUAUUGCACAUGCAUUUGGAUGUGCAUAACUGUGCAACUGCAAAAGGAAAUGCCUUGUAGGGAUGGCUCACUUGAUUCCACUCCAAAAAUGCAAAGAAUUGGUCCCUG